AUGUCGGGCCGCGGCAAGGGAGGCAAGGGGCUGGGCAAGGGCGGCGCCAAGCGCCACCGGAAGGUGCUCCGGGACAACAUCCAGGGCAUAACCAAGCCGGCCAUCCGCCGCCUGGCGCGCCGUGGCGGCGUCAAGCGCAUCUCGGGGCUCAUCUACGAGGAGACCCGCGGCGUGCUCAAGAUCUUCCUCGAGAACGUCAUCCGCGACGCCGUCACCUACACCGAGCACGCCAGGCGCAAGACAGUCACCGCCAUGGACGUCGUCUACGCGCUCAAGCGGCAGGGACGCACGCUCUACGGAUUCGGCGGUUAGGAAGGCCAGAUUUAGAAAGCUACCUAGCCUCUGUUUAGGGUUCAUGGUCUGUUGUGGAGU